AUGGCCCUCCGGCGACAAGAUGAAACGAACUACGCCAACUACGUGGCGGCGUUGGACAAGUGGAACGCUAAAAACGUUAACCACGCCAUCCUUGAUGGCCCGCAUCCGGGGGAUUGUCCACAGAUGCCGCCAAUUUUGUCAGCUUUUUAUAAGAAACAUGGCGUCAGUGCGCUGAAGAAGUCACUGAAGCAAAAGCGGUCACAUCUGCCGUCUCGGACUGCUUUUGGGGGUGCUGGAGAGGAGCCCUUCCUGGGUCUCCUUGACGCCCCUCCACAUAUACCCAACCCCCUCGAUGGAGAGGGUGCUCUUUUACCUGCAUUCUCCUACCGCGACCCUGUGGGACAGGGAAGCAGUAUUGAUACCACCAUGGGCAACUUUGUCACACCUGAGACACCAGGCUCCUGCGAGGCUACCACCACACUGGGCAUUCCAAACCUUGCAGUUGAAUCUUACCUUUUUGGCUCAACAAUCCUCCCGUUCCAUGGGGGUGUCCUGGAUGACCUCAAUGACGAUGACUUUGAUGAGCACUCCCUCUUUGCGGUGAUGAGGGGGUCCUUUGUUAAGGGACCUAAUGACUGA